GCAGGUGGUGGUGCUCCUGGAAGUCUUGAUCUGGAGCGGGUUGGAAGAUGACCGAAUAUAAGCUGGUGGUGGUGGGAGCUGGUGGUGUCGGGAAGAGUGCUUUGACGAUACAGCUCAUUCAGAACCAUUUCGUUGAUGAGUAUGACCCCACGAUAGAGGAUUCCUACAGAAAGCAAGUCGUCAUCGACGGAGAGACCUGCUUGUUAGACAUCUUGGAUACCGCGGGGCAAGAGGAGUACAGUGCCAUGAGAGACCAGUACAUGAGGACGGGGGAAGGAUUCCUCUGCGUCUUUGCUAUCAACAACACCAAGUCCUUUGAAGAUAUUCACCAGUACAGGGAGCAGAUCAAGAGGGUGAAAGACUCCGAUGAUGUUCCCAUGGUGCUGGUGGGAAAUAAAUGUGACCUACCAGCCCGGACAGUGGAGACCCGGCAAGCGCAGGACCUGGCCCGGAGUUACGGGAUUCCCUACAUAGAAACGUCUGCCAAAACCAGACAGGGCGUGGAAGAUGCCUUCUACACCUUGGUGCGGGAGAUCCGUCAGCACAAGCUGCGCAAGCUGAAUCCCCCGGAUGAGAGCGGCCCCGGCUGCAUGAACUGUAAAUGUGUGAUAUCGUGACUACGCUGACCGGACCGUGUGUGUCUCGGAGAGGUUCCCGCUGUGCAGAGCGCAAGGAAAGAGGUGAAGUGAAGGAAGAAGCGAACGGGUUCAGGGGAGGAGUAUGGUGGUAGGGGUAGAGGAGGAGGUGGAAGAGGACGGGGGGAGCAUGAGCCCCUCCAAGGACUAUCUCGCACUUCACGCAAGCCUGCGGCAAACGACUUCUUUUUUUUUCGUUGUCUUCUUUCCCCAUCCCCUCCUCCUUUGGCCUCUUCCCACCCUGGCAACUGUACAAAGCCACAGAUUGAAUCACAGUAAAUUAUUAUUUGAUGGUCUCGACAAA